AUGUCUGAUAAUCCAAGUCCAAGAAAAAGAACCCUUCAAAGCGAUGAUGAAGGUUCGUCAGACGAAGAAGUGUUUGCCACUUCUUCUUCACAGCCUCAAUCUUCCCCGGCUCCUCCAUCUUCUCUUCCUUCUUCGCCAAGACCCGAGGAGUUGCCAUCUUCACCGGCAGUCCCUUUUGAUGAGGACGCUGAGGAAAAUGAGGAGAGAAAAUACUUUAACGAUAUCGAUGAUUUAGAGGAACGUUUGGAAGAACAAACUGGUGUCGAUUUAAUAGGUGAUGACAUGACCAAAGAUUAUAAGUCAAAGCCAAUUCAGGAUCGAUACGAUAUUGAUGAUAUUGAUGAUAACAAAUAUGCAGCAUUACCGGAGUCGGAAAGGAGAAGGGUUGAUGAAAUGUUGACUGCCAGAGACAAACUUAGAAAGAAAAGGGCUGGUGGUGAAGGUGACCUAGAUCUAGAUGAAGGCGAAGGCGCAGACGACGGUCCACGUGAUGAAUAUGGACUUCCAAUACAGAGAAGAAGAAGAAGACACAGAUAUGAUGAGGAUCCGGAAAGUUACUUCGAUGAUGUAGAUCCUUUGACUGAAGAAUUGUCGCUUGAUGCUCUCUCAGAAGUGAAAGCAUCAUCUAUUCUUGAGUGGAUCACCAUGCCCAAUGUCACGAGAUCCAUUGCGCGAGAAUUAAAGUCUUUCUUAUUGGAGUACACGGAUGAGUACGGUCGUUCUGUUUAUGGUAGCAGAAUCAAGACCUUGGGUGAGAUGAACAGCGAAAGUUUGGAGGUCUCGUACAUGCAUAUUCUUCAAUCCAAAGCCGUUUUGGCCCUAUUUUUGACAUCCUGUCCCGAAGAGAUGUUGAAGAUAUUUGAUGUUGUUGCUAUGGAGGCUACUGCAUUACAUUAUCCCGAUUAUGGUCAGAUUCACUCAGAGAUUCAUGUGAGAAUUGCAGAUUUCCCUUCUAUCAAUCAAUUAAGAGAGUUGAGAGAAUCACAUUUGAACUCGUUGGUAAGAAUUACUGGUGUUGUUACGAGAAGAACAGGUGUCUUUCCUCAAUUAAAGUAUGUGAAGUUUGAUUGUCUUAAAUGUGGAGCUGUUUUGGGUCCCUACUUUCAGGAUUCUAACCAGGAGGUCAGAGUUUCUUACUGCACAAACUGUCAAUCACGUGGUCCUUUCCGGUUGAACUCGGAAAAAACGGUUUACAGAAACUACCAGAGGAUCACUUUACAGGAGUCUCCGAGUAGUGUUCCUCCUGGAAGAAUUCCUCGUCAUAAAGAGGCCAUUUUAUUGUGGGAUUUGGUUGAUUCCGCCAAACCGGGUGAAGAGAUUGAAGUUACUGGAAUUUACAAAAAUUCUUACGAUGGUACAUUAAAUGCCAAAAAUGGAUUUCCAGUGUUUGCCACUGUUAUUGAAGCUAACUCUGUCAAGAAACGUGAGGGUGCCGCCAAGGGUGCUACCGAUGCAGCAUCUGCAUUGGGAAGUAGUAGCUUGUCUCCUUUCCAAUGGACAGAAGAUGAGGAAAAGCAGAUCAUCAAGCUGAGUAAGGAGAGGGGUAUCGUUGAUAAGAUCAUAUCUUCCAUGGCACCUUCUAUUUAUGGUCAUAAGGAUAUCAAGACAGCCGUUGCAUGUGCAUUAUUUGGUGGCGUUCCUAAGGAUGUUAAUGGUAAGCAUUCCAUUAGGGGUGAUAUCAAUGUUCUUCUAUUAGGUGACCCGGGUACUGCCAAAUCUCAGAUUCUAAAAUAUGUAGAGAAAACUGCCCACAGAGCUGUAUUUGCUACAGGUCAGGGAGCAUCCGCCGUUGGUUUGACAGCUUCUGUGAGACGUGAUCCAGUGACUCAAGAGUGGACCUUAGAAGGUGGUGCAUUGGUUUUGGCUGAUAAGGGCGUUUGCCUGAUUGAUGAGUUCGAUAAGAUGAAUGACCAGGAUAGAACGUCCAUUCACGAGGCUAUGGAGCAGCAAACCAUUUCUAUCUCUAAGGCUGGUAUUGUUACUACUCUACAGGCCAGGUGCUCUAUUAUCGCAGCUGCUAACCCUAUUGGUGGCAGAUACAAUUCGACUUUAGAUUUGCAAAGAAACGUGAAUUUGACUGAGCCUAUCUUAUCUCGUUUUGAUAUUGUCUGUGUUGUUAGAGAUUUAGUGAACCCGGAGGCUGAUGAAAGAUUGGCUUCUUUCGUUAUUGAUUCUCAUAUAAGAUCUCAUCCUUUGAACGAUGAUGGACAUGAUGGUGAUGAAGAAAUGGAUAUAGCCGAAGAAGGUGAGACUGAGAAUCUGGGAGAAAAGAACGAGGAGGAUCUUAUUUCAGCUAGAAGAAGAAAGGAGGAACGGAUCAAGAAACAAAAGGAAAGUGAGAUCUCACCAAUUCCUCAGGAACUAUUGAUUAAAUAUAUUCAUUAUGCUAGAAGCAGAGUUCAUCCCAAAUUGAACCAGAUGGAUAUGGAUAAGGUUUCUAGGGUGUAUGUCGAUCUAAGAAAGGAAUCCAAUACUACUGGUUCCUUCCCUAUCACCGUUAGGCAUUUGGAAAGUAUAUUGAGAAUGGCCGAAGCUUUUGCUAAGAUGAGAUUGAACGAGUAUGUAUCUAGUACAGAUCUCGACAGGGCCAUUAAGGUUGUCAUUGACAGUUUCGUUGGUACCCAGAAGGUGAGUAUCAGAAAGCAAUUACAGAGAAGUUUCAUGAAGUAUACGCUUCCUCUGAGAGGACAUGGACAGCAGAUUUCGGUGCAUUGA